AUAUGCUUAUGAUAUGACUCAUCAUCUCUACUCUGUUUUUCUCUCACAAGCACACUGCACACUACACACAGACGGAGAGAGAUUAACUGAGGCAUUCUUCUUCUUCAUCUUCCAAUCUGGUUGAGUCGUAAGAGAGACCUUGAGAGAGGACUGAGGAACUGAGAAAGCCAAAAGAAAGGAGGAGAAAUGGAGAAAGCUCUGACGAAAGUUGGGAGCUUUUGGAUUUCCAAGAAGGCCAAGGAAGAGAUCUCCAACAUCACUGAAGAUCUCUCUUCACUCUCAAACACCGUUGAGGAGAAGGCGAAAUGGAUGUUCAACAAGCUGAAAGGCAAGCCACAAAAACCGUUGCCUGAUCUUCUCCGAGAGUACUACCUUCCUCCGGGCCUGUUUCCCCGGAACAUAACAUGUUAUGAAUUUGAUGAAUCAAAGGGCAAGCUCAUUGUCUACUUGCCCUCUCCCUGUGAGGUGAGUUUCAAGGACUCAUCUGUUGUGAGGUACAACAUUCGCAUCAAAGGAACAUUGUCAAGGGGAAAGCUUAGUGGAAUAGAAGGAAUGAAGACGAAGGUUCUGGUUUGGGUUAAAGUCACAAGUGUUAGCGUCGAGGGCUAUAAGUCUGACAAAGUGUGGUUCACCACCGGAGUGAAGAAAUCAAGGCCCAAAGAUGCCUAUGAAAUGCCUCGAGAUGCCAUUAAAGUUGAAGACUUUUAAGGAUGCGUGACAUUUUUCAUUUUUACAGUCAUUAUUUUUUUGAAAAAGAAAAAAUCUUAAGCAAAACA